AUGCUGGGUCUUAGCAAUAUGGCGUCCUCCUUGAUGUGCUGAUGAGAGGAGUUUCACUGUAGCUUCAAACCAGAGGGCAAAACUCCCCAAACCCAAUAAUCCCACAUUACCUGUUUUCUCCGCGGCGCCGUGUCGCCCGUUUCUCAGGACUCGUUCUCAGGCAGGAGAGAGCCACGGGGCCGAAGGUCAGGACCGGCCAGGCCGCGCGGACCCGGGGCUGAGGAACCGGCUGCGGACGAGCACGAUGGGCCGGUCCCGGCUCUGGUUGCAGCAGCUGCGGCGAGUGCGGGACCCGCAGGGCUGAAAGUGGCAGGAGGAGACCCGGGGCGCUCCGAACCCCUUCCCUUCGGCCGGAGACGUCAGCCCAGUCGGCGAACCGGCGUCAGGAGCGGGCGGCCUGCCUGUCCUCGGGUCGGCCGAGGCGUUGGAGGCCGAGCGCAGGGUCAUCGUGCGGCCUGAAGCCCCGCACGCCUCUGACAGCUCCGCUCGCAGCCCCCCGGGAGCAGACAGCCUCAGAAGCAGCCGUGUGCGUCUGUGCAGAGCCCCCUGCGCUGCCCCAUCUCCCCGGCCCUUCCUCCCCCUCCGGCUUCCCUCGGAGAGAAAGGAUUUCAGCAGACUUUUUGCCAGAGCGAGGGUCUCCGCACGCUCUCCAUUUGUUUCGUUUCUGACUCCCCCCGUAUCUGUUUUGUAGUUGACCAGUUCUGGUGCCCACUAGCUUUUAAGGCUGGAGGUUCUCGAGCGCUUGCUGCCAAGGACCCCCCCACCCCCACCCCCCCUGAUGGAGUCCGAAAUGCUGCAGUCGCCCCUUCUGGGGCUUGGGGAGGAAGAUGAGGCCGACCUGACAGACUGGAACCUGCCUUUGGCUUUUAUGAAAAAGAGGCACUGCGAGAAAAUCGAAGGCUCCAAGUCCUUAGCGCAGAGCUGGAGGAUGAAGGAUCGGAUGAAAACCGUCAGUGUGGCCUUGGUUUUGUGCCUGAAUGUCGGUGUGGACCCUCCAGACGUGGUGAAGACCACCCCCUGUGCGCGCUUAGAGUGCUGGAUCGAUCCUUUGUCCAUGGGUCCUCAGAAAGCUCUGGAAACCAUUGGUGCAAAUUUACAGAAGCAGUACGAGAACUGGCAGCCAAGGGCCCGGUACAAGCAGAGCCUCGAUCCCACCGUGGAUGAAGUGAAGAAGCUUUGCACGUCUUUACGUCGGAAUGCCAAGGAGGAGCGGGUCCUCUUCCACUACAACGGCCACGGGGUGCCCCGGCCCACAGUGAACGGCGAGAUCUGGGUCUUCAACAAGAACUACACUCAGUACAUCCCUCUGUCCAUCUAUGACCUCCAGACGUGGAUGGGCAGCCCGUCCAUAUUUGUCUACGACUGCUCCAACGCUGGCCUCAUCGUCAAGUCCUUCAAGCAGUUUGCCCUGCAGCGGGAGCAGGAGCUGGAGGUCGCUGCCAUUAACCCGAACCACCCGCUGGCGCAGAUGCCUCUGCCGCCGUCCAUGAAGAACUGCAUCCAGCUGGCGGCCUGCGAGGCCCACGAGCUGCUGCCCAUGAUCCCUGACCUCCCGGCUGACCUGUUCACCUCCUGCCUCACCACCCCCAUCAAAAUCGCCCUGCGCUGGUUUUGCAUGCAGAAAUGCGUAAGUCUGGUGCCUGGAGUCACACUGGAUUUGAUAGAAAAGAUCCCCGGCCGGCUGAAUGACAGGAGGACCCCUCUGGGCGAGCUGAACUGGAUCUUCACGGCCAUCACCGACACCAUCGCGUGGAACGUGCUCCCUCGGGACCUGUUCCAGAAGCUCUUCAGGCAGGACCUGCUGGUGGCGAGUCUGUUUCGCAAUUUCCUCCUGGCGGAAAGGGUCAUGAGGUCCUGCAACUGCACCCCGGUCAGCAGCCCGCGCCUGCCGCCCACCUACAUGCACGCCAUGUGGCAAGCCUGGGACCUCGCCGUGGACAUCUGCCUCUCGCAGCUGCCCACGAUCAUCGAGGAAGGCACUGCAUUUCGGCACAGCCCGUUCUUUGCCGAGCAGCUGACCGCAUUCCAGGUGUGGCUCACGAUGGGCGUGGAGAACAGGAGCCCACCUGAGCAACUUCCCAUCGUGCUACAGGUGCUGUUGAGCCAGGUGCACCGGCUGCGAGCACUCGACUUGCUCGGGAGGUUCCUGGACCUGGGCCCCUGGGCGGUGAGCCUGGCCUUGUCCGUGGGCAUCUUCCCCUACGUGCUGAAACUGCUCCAGAGCUCGGCCCGGGAGCUGCGGCCCCUGCUCGUCUUCAUCUGGGCCAAGAUCCUCGCCGUGGACAGUUCGUGCCAAGCUGACCUGGUGAAGGACAACGGCCACAAGUACUUCCUGUCGGUCUUGGCAGACCCUUACAUGCCAGCUGAGCAUAGGACCAUGACGGCUUUCAUCCUCGCUGUGAUUGUCAACAACUACAACACCGGGCAGGAAGCCUGCCUCCAGGGAAACUUGAUUGCCAUCUGCCUGGAGCAGCUCAGCGACCCCCACCCCUUGCUGCGCCAGUGGGUGGCCAUCUGCUUAGGGCGCAUCUGGCAGAACUUCGACUCGGCCCGGUGGUGUGGUGUGCGGGACAGUGCCCACGAGAAACUCUGCAGCCUCCUCUCAGACCCCAUUCCUGAGGUGCGCUGUGCGGCCGUCUUCGCGCUUGGCACAUUUGUGGGCAACUCAGCAGAGAGGACCGAUCACUCCACCACCAUCGAUCACAAUGUGGCCAUGAUGCUGGCCCAGCUGAUCAACGACGGGAGCCCCGUGGUCCGGAAGGAGCUGGUGGUGGCUCUGAGUCAUCUCGUGGUUCAGUAUGAAAGCAACUUCUGCACUGUGGCCUUGCAGUUCAUGGAGGAGGAGAAGAACUACCCCUUGCCUUCCCCGGCGACCACAGAGGGGGGCAGUUUGACCCCCGUGCGGGACAGCCCCUGCACCCCCCGGCUUCGUUCUGUGAGCUCCUACGGGAACAUUCGCGCUGUCACCACAGCCAGAAGCUUGAACAAGUCUUUGCAGAACCUGAGCUUGACAGAAGAAUCCGGCAGCGCGGUGGCGUUCUCCCCCGGGAACCUCAGCACCAGCAGCAGUGCCAGCAGCACCCUGGGCAGCCCCGAGAACGAGGAGUACAUCCUGUCCUUCGAGACUAUCGACAAGAUGCGCCGUGUCAGCUCCUACUCGGCCCUCAACUCCCUCAUCGGCGUUUCUUUUAAUAGCGUGUACACGCAGAUGUGGAGAGUCCUGCUGCACCUGGCCGCAGACCCCUACCCCGACGUUUCCGACUUGGCCAUGAAAGUCCUCAAUGGCAUCGCCUACAAGGCCACCAUGAACGCCCGGCCUCAGCGCAUCCUCACCACGUCCUCUCUGACCCAGUCGGCGCCCGCCAGCCCCACCAACAAGGGCAUUCACAUCCAGCAGGCGGGAGGCUCCCCGCCGACGUCUAGCGCAAGCAGCUCCAGCCUGACCAACGACGUGGCCAAGCAGCCGGUCAGCCGAGACCUGCCUCAAGGCCGGCCAGGCACCACUGGCCCCGUGGGGGUGCAGUACACGCCCCACUCCCACCAGUUCCCCCGGACGCGGAAGAUGUUUGACAAAGGCCCGGACCAGACCACCGAUGACCCGGAUGAUGCGGCUGGACAUAAGAGCUUCAUCUCGGCCACGACGCAGACCGGCUUCUGCGACUGGAGCGUCCGGUACUUUGCCCAGCCCGUCAUGAAGAUCCCAGAAGAACACGACCUGGAGAGUCAAAUCCGCAAGGAGCGCGAGUGGAGGUUUCUGCGCAACGCCCGUGUCAGGAAGCAGGCACAGCAACUCAUCCAGAAAGGCAUCACCAGACUGGACGACCAGAUAUUUCUGAACAGGAACCCCGGCGUCCCUUCCGUAGUCAAGUUUCACCCCUUUACACCGUGUGUGGCCGUCGCCGAUAAGGACAGCAUCUGUUUCUGGGACUGGGAGAAAGGGGAGAAGCUGGAUUACUUCCACAACGGGAACCCUCGGUACACAAGGGUCACGGCCAUGGAGUAUCUGAACGGUCAGGACUGCUCACUGCUGCUCACGGCCACAGAUGAUGGCGCCAUCAGGGUCUGGAAGAAUUUCGCCGAUUUGGAAAAGAAUCCAGAAAUGGUGACCGCUUGGCAGGGGCUCUCAGACAUGCUGCCAACAACCCGAGGUCUGGCGCGAAAGGUCUCCAUCUAUCUUGACCAGAGUAAGCAGGGAGGAGCUGGGAUGGUGGUGGACUGGGAGCAGGAGACUGGGCUCCUCAUGAGCUCCGGGGAUGUGCGGAUCGUCCGCGUCUGGGACACGGACCGCGAGAUGAAGGUGCAGGACAUCCCCACGGGUGCUGACAGCUGUGUGACAAGCCUGUCCUGUGACUCCCACCGCUCCCUCAUCGUGGCUGGCCUUGGUGACGGCUCCGUCCGCGUCUACGACAGGAGGAUGGCAGUCAGUGAAUGCCGUGUCAUGACCUACCGGGAGCACACGGCCUGGGUGGUGAAGGCCUGCCUGCAGAAGCGCCCUGAGGGCCACAUCGUGAGCGUGAGCGUCAAUGGAGAUGUUCGCUUCUUCGAUCCACGGAUGCCCGAGUCUGUGAAUGUCAUCCAGAUCGUGAAGGGGCUCACGGCCCUUGACAUCCACCCCCUGGCCAGCCUGAUCGCAUGCGGCUCCAUGAAUCAGUUCACCGCCAUCUACAGCGGGACCGGCGACCUCAUCAACAACAUCAAGUACUACGACGGCUUCAUGGGCCAGCGGGUCGGCGCCAUCAGCUGCCUGGCCUUCCAUCCACACUGGCCUCACCUGGCCGUGGGCAGCAACGACCACUACGUGUCCGUGUACUCGGUGGAGAAGCGCGUCAGGUAGCGGCGCCCAUCCCACCCGGCGGCCGUGUACAUAGUGGACCCGCCGCUGCCGCCACGCUGGACCUGACCUGGCUGCUGAUGCUCGAGCAGGGCCCUGCGUUGUCUGUCUGUCUGUCCACCUUCGCUGUCACACCCAGGAGCCCAGGGAAGGGGGCUCUGGCGGUCUUGUGCUGUGAUGGUCCCUUCUCUGCUGAGACGCAGCUUCUAGGCCGAGGACGCAGUCACCGUCUGACCCGUAGCUUUCCUGUCCUCUUUUUCUUCUGAGAUGGUAAAGGGGGAAACACUCGUUCUAUUUUCCAAAUGAUCCAAGCACUAGCUCCACAAAAGCUCCGAGAAGGAAGGCGGCUUCCCCAGGGCUCAGCCACCUGGCAGGUCCCCGGGCUGCCACCGCCCGGCCAUGAGCCAAUAAGGGGCUGUGUCCUCUGGCCUGUGCACUCCUGGGGAUGGUUCCAGGCAGACUGGGAGAGGCUGGGAUGCCCGACCGGGUGCGGAGGAGAUAGAGGAACCAGCACUCAGGCCCCUGCCAGCCAGCAGAGCCACACACGCAGCCGCCUUCCAGCUCAGGAACGACCUUGGCUCCAAGCUUGGGCCUCCCCACAGAGCCAGGAGCAGGAGGGGCGUGUGGCUUAGACCGUGAGACGGUCUUUGGCGCUGCAGCCACUGCCUGAGGCCACAGGGCAGGCGUCUGGAAGUGCCGCUUUUCCCGGCAGGCAUGUGCUGCCCGUCUGUGCCUGCACACGGCUGCACAUGCAUCGCAUACACACGCACGUGUGGAGGCCCAGCCGGAGCCGAGUGUCUGGUGAGACGGUGUCCCGUCCCCUCACACUGGGGCGGCGGGUGACGCAGAAGAGUUCCUCGGCAAGCUCCACAUGUGCAGACAUGCUUGUCUGCGUGUCAAGUGCACGGCCGGGAAUCCCGGGAAGGACCACGGAGGGUGCUGAGCGGUUGCAGACAAACAGCGCUUGGAAAACAAAACAACCAUGAUGAUGAUAUUUGAACAGCAUUUUUGCCAUUUUCCUUGGGAAUCAGGAUUAUUCAGAGGUAGAGGAGUGAGGUACCUUAACCAACUCUGCCAAUAAGGUCAUUAACAGUGAGAAUGUGAUUAAGAGCUGUGCCGAACGUCCACGUCCCCAUGUGGCAGGCGGUGGCUCUGCCUCAGCCUAAGGCCUUCGGGUAGGUGGCACCCAGCCGGGCUGCCCUGGCCGGAGUCUGUGCGGGGCAGGCCCGGGCAGGCACAGGGGGCACCCCUCUGCCCGUGGGACCUGCGUGCUCCUUCCCGGAGAGGGUUCUGGGAGCCAGUUCCCACCCGGCUCUGACUGCUUCCCCGUGUUCUGGGUGAAAGCCCCGUGGGGCCUGGAAGUCCCGCCCCCACACAGCGCCCGUCAGCUCUGAGGCGCUCCAGGCAGUGACCCCAGAAUCUUCCGGAAGCUGAGCUCCACCAGACAGAGUGUCUGGCUCACAGAGCGAUUGCACUGCAUAUUCUAGGCUCACAGGCGGUUCUGUUUGUCUUGAGACAAAACCAUCACCUGGCCCAGCGCAGUGGCUCCAGAGGAAGCGUGAGACCUCGCCUGGCCAGCCCCCGCCAUGGUGUCCAUGGGUGCCCGCCAUGGGGCUGUGUGUCCACAGGUCUGAUGCGAAAAUUCAAUCAUGAAGUUCACCAAGGCUCGAGAGCCUGCCCUAAAGGUUCACUUAUCUCUAUUUAUUUUACCAAAAUGAGAAUUGAAAAGACAUUGACAAAACAUGGGAUUGUAAUGUGAGCAUAAGAGCAGUGACAGACAAUAAACUGUUAAUAAAAAUAAGUGCAGAGGUGACUGGCCAGCAGCUUUCUC